AUGUCUUGGGCCACGUCCACAUAUAUGAUGAAAUUGCAGUUGCUCGUUAUCGAGACGGACUACUGCUGGAGGAAAGCCUUGCUUAGGAUGGUAUUGGAUCCCAAGGCCACUAGCUUGCACAACGAUUACGGAAGCUUCGAUCGACCGUUGGGCGCCGGGGAGGGCCACGAGAGGGACGUCGAGGCGGCGGUUGAUGGAAACAGCAGCGGGAUGGCACAGUCCAGCGAUGUUUAUCAACGGCAACCGCUAUUGCCCGGCGCGCCGUUGUCCAAGAGCAAGGACAAGUGGUCCGGAGUGGCCUCGGGCUCGGACUACUACGAGGACGAUGAGGACGAGAAGGAUAUCGAAGGCCUGGGCAGACAUCCCGGGAUACCGAAUGGCUCCGGCAGCGGCAUCAUCAAAAUCGACAUGCCAGCGCCGCUUCGCGAGGAGCCGCGUUUCCCUAAGGAAAAGUGGAAAACGUUUCUCGCAUUUCUCUUUAUGGUCGUAAACUUCAUACUGACGACAGCUUCCCUCGCGAUGGUACACGAGCGCGUUCCAGAUAGAAACACAUACGGACCGCUUCCCGACGUAGUGCUGGACAAUGUCACCGCUCAGGAUUGGGCGCUUAACGUCUCGGAAGUCCUCAUUAUGAUCAUGUCCAAUUCCGCGAUGGUUUUUAUCAUUUUUCAUAAGCAUAGAUUCAUAGUAGCUAGACGAAUAUUUCUGCUGAUGAGCUUGCUCUACAUGAUGAGGAGCGUUACGAUGUACGUGACGGUCGUACCGAUCGCCAGUAAAACUUACUAUUGCAGCCCGAAAGCAAACAACACCAGUCCGCUUCUCGUGACAAAGAGAGUCCUGCAGCUCAUCUCCGGCUUCGGCUUGUCAAUUAACGGCAAGCACACUUAUUGUGGAGAUUACAUUUACAGUGGACACACAGUCGUGCUUGUACUCAGUUACCUGAUCAUUAAGGAGUAUUCUCCAAGAAGAUGUCAACCGAUCCAUUGGUUAGCUGGUCUGGCGGUACUCGUCGGGGUAAUUAUGAUCUUGGUAGCUCAUGGUCAUUAUACUGUGGAUGUACUUAUAGCUUACUACGUUACUACGCGCCUGUGGUAUAUUUAUCACACGCUAGCCAACAACCCAAAUCUCAAGCAAUAUGGAUCAAAUAACUUUUUGGCCCGGCUCUGGUGGUUCUCCAUUUUCAAGUAUUUUGAGAAGAAUGUGGGCGGCACAGUGCCACGACAAUAUGACUGGCCUCUACCCUGGCCUCGACGGUUUCUUGCCAAACACCCUAACCGAGACAGUUAAUACUUGUCUUGAUUUCAUAGAGGCUGUUAAAAACAAAGAAGUUACUUUUGUUGUAUAUAUUUUACACACACACAAACACACACACACACACAAACGUAUGUAUAAUUGAGGGUUAAUAACGUGGAGGUAAAAGUUGGCUAAAGAAUAUACUUGGAACGUAUUGUUUUAAGAGCGACUGCACAUUCACUGUUGAAGCAUGAAUUUUGUGUUGUUCAUUUCUUUGUAAUCCAAUCGUGAACUCUUAGACACAAUAUCCAUGCUCUUUCACGUAAAGGUAUCGUCCAGUCAGCCCGAAUUUACUUUUUGUUUGAUUUUUAUACAGAUUUAUACACAGUAUAAAGAAUAGAUAUAGAAAGAUGGAUUUUAUGAUAAUAUCGUAAAGAUUCGGAUGGAGGAGGGUAUUCGAGUUUAUAUACAAUGACAUACUAAUUCGCUCGAGGCGUUUAUAUUUUCAAAUAGCUACAAAUCGAAAGUAAUACAAUAAAUAAGUAAACAUAGGACAGAUGUAUGUUUUUAAAAACUCGAGCGAUACUAUGCAAUAAAAAGUAUUUGUAAUCUGUAAAGGGUCAUUGUAGAUAAAUAUUAGGAUAAAAUCAGAUUUCUUCCUCUAAACGAAUCUUUGAGUCAGAUUCCCGACUUGAGUCGACGUCUUGACUUCCAAUAUCUAGACGUCGUCGUCCCUGACUUUGCAUUCGCGAUACGAAUUAUUCCGAUGAAAAACGAUUUUACAGACAAAUUGCCAAAAAUAUACUGUAGACUCGCGUGAGUAUGUAUAUGUUCUAAUUAAAGUUCCACUUUGCCGAUUAUCCUCGAAAUUGUUUCUUUCGGAGAGAAAUAUCCUAGUAUCCAGUACUAGAAGCGAUUGUGCAAUUUCGUGGGACCAAAACAGGAACGCUUAAUAGUAAAUGUUAAUUCAUAUAAUGUUGACAAAUUAAGCAUGCCGAGUCGCGAGGAGGCGUGAUCUUCAUUAUAUAGAUACACACAUAUAUAUCAAUGACAUUGAUAAAAAGUCUUAAUAAUAAUAUUAUCAUUGAUCAAGGAUUCCGUAACUUCGGUUAGAUUACGUAAUAUAUGGCCUGUCGCAGAUGGAAUUUGGACAUCUUACCUGCCAUAUGUGGAAAUUAUUGCCGAUUCACAUUUCGAUCGUAUAGCCUGCCGCAGAUUUGGAUAAGUUUAUUCGUGAAAACUUCGUAACAGAUCUUGGAUAUUGAAUUUUUAGAAGUUACAGCUCGCUCUUUUCUAACUUCCAUUAGUCGAUAUACGAAAGUAUCAUAUAAUAGAGUAAUGAAGAAAAAAACGAAACAAAAAGAAGAAAGUACUGAAGCAUUCGUGUUUUCACGGAAUAAGAUCGUCGUACGCUUGUGCAUACACCGGAUGUUGUCAUACGUACAUACAUAUAUUGCAGAGGCAAUGUAAUACAAAUCGUGUGAAAUGCAAAAGGCAAUUUUGCAUUCAUGGAGAGAUCGAGUUACAAAAAUGACGAAUAACCAUCAAUAUUUCGUACGAUUCUUUCUUCCUUCGUUCUUCUCGCAUUUCAUUUGUUUUAACGAUUCCUUGCACCUCUUGCCCCGCUCUUUUUUCUCUAUUAAGGAAAAAGAAUGACAUAAUUUAAUAAUGUCGAUGAAAAUGCCGCGAUUCUUCAAAUAUUUGUAUGAACGAUUAUGAAUCUCAUUUAAUAAUGUGUACAAGUAAGCGAUAACAAGUCACAUGACUGUUUAUUUUCCUAGUAUCCGAUGAAAGUCGCGUGUGUACCAUAUGUAUGCUGUAAAAGUGUUGAGUAACAUUUAAUCGUAGCUUAAAAUGCGUUAAGGGUGACUCGUUAUCUUGUCCACCCGUAAUUCAGGUGACAAGAUCGACUUGUUGAAUCUCUAAUAAGUACGAAAUGCACUUGCAACCCUACCAUUUUUAGUUAAAUUUUUGUUGUCUCUUUUAUGUAUAUAGUUUAAACAAAUAAUAAAACAUUUCUUAUAACACUCCGCGGAAGUUUACACGCAAAUCUGUAUUUUUUAUCACAGUUUGAUCGGGCAAUUGGCGACGUGUUAAAUUGUGUACAGUUAAUUUAUUAUAUAUUUUUAUUAUUCGUCGAUUAUGAUCAGACUUAUUUGAUAAUUUGAUUAAGCAGGUUUCAUGCAAAAGUUACAAAGAAGAAAAGUGAUAAAAGGGAGGGAGAAAUGCGAAAAUGUUGUUAGUAGUAUAAUUAACUCUUUUCCGUCUGUGAUGAUAAAUAAAAGAAAGAAUAAAUCGCCGUCGUGUGAUCUCGCGCUCUUUUAAUAAAGUAGCAAUCGACUGGCGGAUCAACACCGAUGUGACCUUUAUGGCCACCUGAUAUUUCCUCUUGACAUUCAAAUUAUAAAUGCGUGUAACUGUUAAACAUAUAUUUUAAUAAGAUUAAUGUAGUUCGUAGUGAAACUUUUAACUGGCAUUCGCGCAGCACAUUCGAUGUGGAACAGAUAACGCCGUAUUUAGGGAUAUAUUUUUGAAACAUAUGCAUAAUGUACAUAGGCGCAUUUUCAGCUGACACAUAUGUGUCAUACAGCGAUAAUCGUUACACGAAUGCGAGAAGGGACUAAGCGGACACAUAUAUAGAUUCGGAUAUAUAUUUGCAGAGAUUAAUAUGUAUUGUGCGCGCAUUUACUUGCGCGCGCGCGCCCACACACAUACACACACACACACACGUUACGCAUAUAUGCAUUACUAUUGUUGCUCUUCAGGGCGGAUACGCUUCAUGUGCGGCGAAAAGAAUAAUUUUGAUGUCUAGAGCUUAGAUCAGACUCAACGUUGAGAACGAUAUUUUGGAUCUCCCGGAUGGAGACUUGCGAUGUAAGCCAAAAGAUACUCUCGAGCAUGUGUAUAGAUUUAGGUAUACGCAGACGUAAAACAUGUGCAAAUACCUGUACGUGUACAUGUACAAAUAUGUAUUAUAAAAAUGAUAUAUUUACACGCACACGAUAAGGGAAAGCUUCUUCUGUUAAUGGAAAAGCCUCUUGUUGAUGUUUAAUUAUAUAAGAAGUAACAAGUAUAUAUACAUAUAUAUAUAUAAUUAAUUGAGUUCGUAUAUAUAUGUACACAUUGUAUUGCAACCGUGGCAUUCACGCACGCGCGCGCAGAUAUAAUAGCGUGUUUAUAUAUGUAUAUACAAUACAUAUCUAUAUUUUUACGUGUAGAUAUUUUUUGGUAACUUGUUACAAUAAUGUGAUUAGUUAAGUAUAUAUACGUAUAAUAUAGGAAGGAAUAUAUGCGUUGUAAAUAAAGAAUAAUAGCAAAA